AUGUCAUUAUCAUCAGAAAUAGCUGGUGUAAUAGAAGAAUCAGAAGACCUACGUCUUUUCCCAUCCCAAAACAUAAAACCUAAACCUCAACCUCAACCUCAACUUCAAACACCUACAACAUCAACACCACCAUCAACAAGAGAUAUAACAUUAUCAGAAAGAAUGAUUAGUGCAUGCUCAGGUUCAAUCAUAACUUCAUUAAUAGUCACCCCUUUAGAUGUCGUAAGGGUUCGUUUACAACAACAAGAAAUCUUACUACCCAGUUCAAAUUGUUGUAAAAGACAAGUUUUUUGGGAAACUGCUACACAAGCUGCUACACAAGCAUCUACAUCUUCAGCAGGAACAACAAUACCAUUACAAUCAAGAACCGGAUUCAAUACAUUAACAAACACCAAAACUAAUCAAAACUGCAUAACAACAGAUCAUAUCUGUAUAACAGACAAAAAACUCUCAGGGACAUGGAACGCACUUUAUAAAAUUGGUAAAGCUGAAGGUCCAACAACAUUAUAUCGUGGACUUUCAUUAACUUUAUUAAUGGCCGCUCCAGCAAAUAUAGUUUACUUCACAGGUUAUGAACUCCUUAGAGACAAUUCCCCCUUACGUUCUUGGGAAGUUUUAAACCCUUUAUUAUGUGGAUCUAUAGCUCGUGUAUUAGCUGGUACUUCAGUUGCACCUAUUGAAUUAUUAAAAACAAGAUUACAAUCCAUGCCAUCAAGUUCCAAGACCCAGAGUAAUGCCCUAGGACAAUUAUUAAAAUCUGUGAAUCAAGAAAUUCAAAUAAAGGGGAUUAGAAGAGCUUUAUUUAAAGGUUUAGAAUUAACAUUAUGGAGAGAUGUCCCCUUCUCAGGGAUUUAUUGGGCAUCAUAUGAAUUUUUUAAAAAUAAAUUAAGUACAAGAGUUAAUUUUUGGAAGAAUGAUGAAUAUAAUUUAUUCUUGACAAGUUUUUUGAGUGGUUCUAUAUCUGGUACUAUUGCUGCUUUAGCUACUAAUCCUUUUGAUGUUGGUAAGACAAGAUUACAAAUUAGUAUUGAAAAUGAUGGGAAAAAUUUAAGUAAUAAAAAAGCAAAUUCAAUGUUUACAUUUAUGAAAAAUAUUUGGAAAAUUGAAGGAUUUGGUGCUUUAUAUGUUGGUAUUGUUCCAAGAGUUUUAAAAAUUGCACCAAGUUGUGCUAUAAUGAUUUCAAGUUAUGAAUUAGGUAAAAGAUUUUUUUCAAAGAUAUAG